AUGGGUAAGAAGAGUCGAGUAAAAACACAAAAAUCAGGCACUGGUGCUACAGCAAGUGUGUCACCAAAGGAAACCUUGAACCUGACUAGUGAACUGCUGCAGAAAUGCAGUAGCCCUGCUCCAGGCCCAGGGAAGGAGUGGGAAGAAUAUGUGCAGAUCCGGUCUCUAGUGGAAAAAAUACGGAAAAAGCAAAAAGGUCUGUCUGUUACUUUUGAUGGAAAAAGAGAAGAUUACUUUCCUAAUCUAAUGAAAUGGGCCUCUGAAAAUGGAGCUUCGGUUGAGGGUUUUGAAAUGGUUAAUUUCAAAGAAGAGGGCUUUGGUUUGAGAGCAACAAGAGAUAUCAAGGCAGAAGAAUUAUUUUUAUGGGUUCCACGGAAAUUACUAAUGACCGUUGAAUCUGCUAAAAAUUCUAUUUUGGGACCCUUAUAUUCUCAAGACCGAAUUCUUCAAGCCAUGGGAAAUAUUGCACUGGCCUUUCACCUGCUUUGUGAGCGCGCCGACCCCAACUCCUUCUGGCAGCCCUACAUUCAGACCCUGCCCAGUGAGUACGACACCCCUCUCUACUUCGAGGAAGACGAAGUCCGGUCUCUGCAGUCCACACAGGCUGUCCACGAUGUCUUCAGCCAGUUUAAGAACACCGCUCGGCAGUACGCCUACUUCUACAAGGUCAUCCAGACCCAUCCUCACGCCAACAAACUGCCCUUGAAGGAUUCUUUCACUUACGAGGACUACAGGUGGGCAGUCUCUUCUGUGAUGACACGACAAAACCAGAUUCCCACGGAGGACGGUUCCCGGGUAACCCUGGCUCUCAUUCCUCUGUGGGACAUGUGCAAUCACACCAAUGGCCUGAUCACCACUGGGUACAACUUGGAGGACGACCGCUGUGAGUGUGUGGCUCUGCAGGACUUCCGGGCUGGAGAACAGAUUUACAUUUUUUAUGGCACUCGGUCAAAUGCAGAGUUUGUGAUCCACAGUGGUUUUUUCUUUGACAAUAAUUCACACGACAGAGUGAAAAUAAAGCUUGGAGUGAGUAAAAGUGACAGGCUCUACGCGAUGAAGGCCGAGGUGUUGGCCCGUGCCGGCAUCCCCACGUCCAGCGUGUUCGCCCUGCACUUCACGGAGCCGCCCAUCUCUGCCCAGCUGCUGGCUUUUCUCCGGGUGUUCUGCAUGAGUGAAGAAGAACUGAAGGAACAUUUGCUAGGAGAUAAUGCUAUCGACAAAAUUUUCACCUUGGGUAACUCUGAGUAUCCUGUGAGCUGGGACAACGAGGUCAAACUCUGGACAUUUCUUGAAGAUCGAGCCUCACUUCUUUUAAAAACGUAUAAGACAACCAGUGAGGAAGACAAGUCCUUCUUGAAAAACCAUGACCUUUCUGUUCGUGCGAGAAUGGCCAUCAAGUUGCGCUUGGGUGAAAAAGAGAUUUUGGAAAAGGCAGUGAAGAGUGCAGCUGCCAACCGGGAGUAUUACCGCAAGCAAAUGGAGGAGGGGGCGCCGCUGCCCAAGUAUGAGGAGAGUAACCCAGGGCUGCUGGAGGGCGGCGGGGCGGACUCGAGGCUGCCGCUGGUCCUGCGCAGCCUGGAGGAGGAGGCUGGCGUGCAGGAGGCCCUCACCCUCUCUGAGGUGGUCAGCCGAGCAAAGGCUGCGGAAAACGGGCCCAUGAGUGGCCAGAACUCUAUUCCCAACGGGACCAGGUUAGAAAAGGAAAGUUUAGAUCCAGAGGAAAGGAAAAGAGCGACCGAAGACGCCAAAGAGCCCUCGGAGAGCCCCGAGGGAGUCAGCGAGCAGCUCUGA